AUGUACGACCCUUGUUAUACAUGCCGGCGUCGGCGCAUCCAGUGUGACCAAUCACAGGUCCCCUGCAAGAAAUGUCUGAAAGCUGGACUAGAGUGCUAUGACAAGAGACCCCUCAGAUGGGUCAAAGGCGUGGCUAUUCGAGGCAGACUGCAGGGGUUGACAGUGAAGGAUGCGUCGGCAGCCUCGGCAUCCUUGGCGACGUUGGAUCGGGUCCCAAGGAAGAAAAGUAGUAAGAAGGUAGUAUCGUCUGCUUUGGUUCGGCGUGAUCAUAAAAACCAUACUGAUGUAGUCGAGAAUGAAGCAAGCCUAUCAUUAGCUCUGGAGGCGGGUCCCGUCUCGAACUUGGACCGGACAUCCAGGUAUUACCUUGAUUAUUAUAACGACCAGAUAUGCAAGGUAUUCAUUGUUCAUGAUAGCGAGGAGAAUCCUUUGAGAAGGCUUAUCUCUCUGGCUGUGAACGAUUCACUGCUACUGAAGGCGGUACUGGCCCUCGCGGCGCGCCACAGGGCUAAUUCCGGUUAUUCCUUUGGGAAUGCUGUAGUGGAGGCGUCCCCAGACCUCCGGCAGAUUCACCAAGAUGCUCUCGUCUUCAAACACCAAGCUAUACAAGGACUAACGCAUGCGCUGAACGAUCCGACAAUAUCUGAGCAGGACACGACCGUAGCUUCAAUUUUCCUUCUUAUAUUUCUAGAUCUUUUGGAGUCCGGAAGCGACAAAUGGAACUUCCACCUUGAGGGCGCUAAGAGGCUGAUUACCAACGGUCAAUUACAUGAGGUGCAGGCUGGGAGUUCCAAGGAUCCAGGACGGACUGUGGAACAGAUAAGAAAGUUCAUCAUCAAACAAAUUCAUGUGAUCGAGUCCCUUGGGGCAACGUUUGUCCGUCCUAAGUUACUAUCCGGUUGCACCUCAUUAGACCAUCCAGAGUCCUUACUUAAUGAAACAGUCGAACAAUCUUUCAUUGGGUGUCCUGAGUACUUAUUACAUGCCGUCCAAUGUCUUUCAGCCUACCGGGACAGCAUGGUCGAGCCCCAGCCACAGCCGUCUACGACCAGUAACACGCACAUGCAAGAUAUAACAAGCGUGCUUGAUUUAAUCCACAAGUUUGACUGUUACACCUGGGCUUCAAAUCUACCAGAGUCACAGAAGACUUCAUCGCGAUAUCUAAGCAACCUUUGUAAACUGGCACAGUCCUACAAACUAGGCGCUCUAAUCUAUGGCCAGCGCGUCUUGGAUGCUCUGCUCAGUGUGACUACGCCACAAGAUGAGCUCGUCUCUGAAUUAAUAGGCGUCAUCGAUGCGUUAAGAGACGACGGCAGGUUAUUGAAGUGCGUUCUUUGGCCGAUAUUUGUUGCCGGCCUCGAAUGCCAGUCACAGGCCCAGCGAAACUUUUUAAUCACUUCAUUGGAGAAUUUCUGGUUGGACACGAACUGUUUGAACGUGGUGAAUGCCGCCAAGGCAUUGCAAUCGUACUGGCAAAAGAUCGACAAACAAGCUUCCUCGACACAAUGGAUCUUUGACAUCGGAGACCUAGAUCAUGACUGGCUUUUUAUUUGA